GAAGAAUUUAGUACAAAUUAAAACAUCAUAAAUAAUUUAAUGCUAAAGUUCUCUGGAGACAUCACGAGAAAGCAAGAGAGGAAUUUUAGUUGUUAAGGACUGUAGCCUGUAAGUAAUGUUGUAUCAAUGUCAUAAUCAGGCUAACAUAUACUUGGUUCUAAUUCUGUUCCCUUGAUGUACAAAAUUGCAUCAAUUAGAGUUUAAAGAACAUCACUUCACAGAUCCUACAUCUAAAUGCAAUUGUAUGGAGUAAAUAUUUCUGAUGGCGAAAUUAGUUAAAGCAAAUAUCAAUGCAACAUUUUAAGUGUUGUCAUUUGAAAGGUAGAACAGAUAUCUAAAUCAAAUUAAUUCACUUAUAUUGCAUACGAUUGCUAUGAAUUAUUUAUAUGCGAUUCUAAUUUUCAGGGUUCCAAAGAUAGACAUGGUGAAACUGAUCGUACAAGAAACUGUAUAUCCUAAAACAAUUUAACUAUGGCCGGUAUAUACUUCAAACACUAGAAUCAAAGAUAUAUCUGUUUGAUAAUGUGUUAAAGAUAUUUAAGGCAGUCACAGUGGGGCUGAUGAACCAAUAAAGUUGUCUUUGUUUAGGAGUAUUAUUCCACUAUAAGCAUGCCCUACAGGAAAAUAUUUUGAAAGAUACAUCCAGGCCGGGGUCCCUAAUAUCAUACACAUUCACAGUUUGGCAAACUUUGGGACCAACAAUAAUUAACAACCUAAUAUUUUAACUUCCCAUCAGACAUAGCGGGCCUCUCUAAGAAAGUACCUCGUAAAAUAAUUGAAGAUAUAGGAUAGCUUAAUGUAUCAUUGUGUAUCAUUGUCAUUAUAAUCAUUCCACACAGGAAGUAAUAUGCAUAUGCAUUCAGUUAUGUUUAUAUGUUUAUUGGUAAUCUACAUGUACAUAUUGGCUAUUUGAUGUGCUCAUAAGCAUCUAAGCUUAUAAGAAGCAGCCAAAUUAAAAUAUAAAUUUCAACUUUUAUAUAUUACUACAGAUUUUAAUAGAUAGUAAAUACGUGCAUCUAAUAAAAUACAGCUCCACCUACUCCAUGAACGCAUAUGCACGAUAUCCAUAAUAACAAAUUGUGGGUCUCCAAACCAAUCUCAAAUUUCUCCACAUCGAUUUGAUCUUGAAAAGAACAGCCAACCACAAUCUUGUACCUUUCUUAAUGUUUCUCUCUUCUUAAAACCAUCUCAGACCCUUCUAGCAACAAGUGACGUACAACCCACCAACAGUCACGUUGAAUUUGUUGUUCUUUUGGCCAUCCCACCUCUUAAUUUAAACACCUAUUUCCCUCGCUCAUCUAGAUCUUACUCUUUUGCGUCAACUUUGUUAACCUAGCAAUCUAACAUCGAGCCUCCAAGAAAGAUGAAAAUGAAGCUACUAGAUUGGAUGCACCAUAAGUUUCGUCAUAGUAGCACUGAGCCUUACAAGGAUCUCAAUAUUGCACAAUCUUCAGUUGAUGACCAAGAAUCCUACACAAAGCCUAACUUUGGCUCUAGAUAUGGAUCCAAAUCCUUAAAGCCACCUAAACAGGAGCAAGAGAAUUAUUUUUCUCAAAUCGAAGCCAACAUAGAAGAAGAAACUUCUACUAUUAUCUCUGAACUCUUUCAUGGCUUUCUAACCAUUGGAACACUUGGUUCAGAACCAAACAUAGCUGAGCCAGAAACACCAACAUUUGCUACACCUUUGGAGAACACAACUGAGACAAAACCAGAGGUGACAGAGAAUGACUUAAAGCUCAUCGGUUAUGAGCUAGAGAAGUUCCUUGAGGCAGAAAGUAAAGAGGGGUUUGAUGAAUCAUCAGGAAGGAACAGUCAUGUUAGUGCAACUACACUUUGUUGCAAGCAAGUGGAUGAGGCUGGAGAUGAAGAUUCUCAAAAGACAGUGACAUGUCCACUCCAGGGAUAUCUAUUUGGGUCCUCGGUAGAACUGCCAGAAAUAAGAACAGAAGUGAAGAAAGAAAAGGCAUCACUGGCAGAGCUAUUUCAAAUAACAAAAAUAACAGCCGAAAAUUGCACAGGGAAAAGGGAGAUUGAGGAUAUUCAAAGCAAGCACAGAGAUAAAUCUGCUACUCAUUUCAUGAAGAAAAUCAUCAAAAAGCUCCAUGCCUUGUCAAAGCACUCUACUCCUUUUGCUUGUGGCUACCCGAGUGGUUCUGACCCAACCAAAAAGAAACCUGAUCAUGAUAUUGAUUCAGUUUCAGCCAAGAAUAAACUCCAAAAGGUGUUGCAUAUGUUCCACAGAAAAAUCCAUCCUGAAAGCUCCAUAGUGGCAAGAGAACUUUUGAUGUCUGGGAAAUGCAACCUCAAGCACACUCGCAAUGACAGUGGCUAUACUAAUGGAAAUCUGAUACACCUGGGUGGAAACAACAGAAAGUUUUCUCGGGAAUCCAAGACAAAAGACGGAAAGCAAUGUCAUAAAAACCAGAUGAAGUUGCCUCAAUGUAGGGUAAGCAGCAGCAAUCUUAGUGGAAAAGGAGAACACUGGAUCAAAACAGAUGCAGACUGUACGUAUUACUUUCCAUACUUUUUUGCAAAAAAUACUCUGGCAAAUUCCUACCAAUUCUGACUAUUCAUGUUUAGAAACACAUAACAUCCAGCAGAGAGAGAGGGAGGGGGAAAAACAGAAGGAAAAUCCUAGGAAAACAUUUUGUUUUCAUUGAAAUAUCCAAAAAGUAUCCAUGUCUUAGGGGAAUCAGAACAAUUUGAAACUCUCCCAUCUAUAAGACAGCUGCAAAAACAAGAAGAAACCAUAGGAACACAUAACAAAUAAUACAUCCUGAUUCCAAAAUAGUUUAUUCUCUCUGUCUCUCCUUGUGAACACAUACAUAUACAUAUAAUAUAUAUACACACAUAUACAUAUAAAGCAAAUGUUUUUAAGAAAAGCAAUUAAUUCAUUGAACCCUUUGAAUCUCCUAAUGUGCCUACAAAAUGGAGAAGAAACAAUACAAUAUAGUGGUGAAGUAAAUGCUUUUUUGAACAAUAGUCACACAUCUUUGUUACAGCAAAAUAGGGAAAGCAAGAGAACCCCUUUGUGUGACAUUUAAUUGCAAUUAUUCUGAAUAUCUGUUUAAAAUCUUCAAAUUCAAUAUCUAUUGAUAUGAAAAGUCAAAAAACCAGCGAAGAUUAUUUUUCUUGAAACCUAAAGGUGCAUGAUAUAUAAAUAUGAUGUUUCUUUUUUAUAUGUCACAACAUCAAAGUUAAUUUAUAUUCACAAGGAAACUAUUGAAAACGGAUAUAGAAAACUAAUAAAGUGUAGUUAAAUGUAGUAGUCGCAACCUAUUUUAUCUGUAAGCUUAAAUCUACUAUUAUGUGUUUGUCUUUUCUUAUUAUUCUCUUUUGGCAUAUAAGGUAUCAAACUUGAACUCCUAUUUUGAUGGUAAUAAAUUCUAUUAUUAUUAUUCUCUAGAUAUUUUCAUCUUUUACUACUAAUUUAUUUUUUCCAUGCAUGUCUAUAGCUGAAAGUAUUAUUGACGAUAAAUCUUCUCUAAGUUGUUUUCAAAUACUCAAAUAUUUUCCUUGUCAUCAUUAAGAUAUCAUCAAAAUCCAAUAACAUAUUACCAAAAACAUGAAGAAAUCUCCAAGGAACCAACAUCUAUGAAUUUAUGUGAUGCAAACUCUAAAAACACUAGUUGGCAUCAACUUAAAUGAAUUAGCACUAUGUAAGACUAUUUUCUAUUAGAUAGAUGUUUGAUGA